ACUUUUAGGCGACUUCCGACGAUGCCAUCGUACCAAACCGGUGGGUGUCUUAAUCACUAAGCUAAAAAUGUUAUUAACCAAUUAUAUUCAUGCUCGAUUCACAGAAACAAAUUUUCAGUUACUGCUACAAAGUAUCCGAGUUCAAAGUCAUUGUAGAAAAAAUGCCAUACUGGCCCAAAUUAGCCUUAGAUCAAUUGUUGUUGUUUUUUUGGCACAGGGGUUGGCACCCUUUUUGCUAUUUGCAUGCCAAUGUAAGAUUUUAAAUUCAUUCAGCUUGCCAAUAACUUAUAAGUGUACCAUUUAAGGUGCAUAUUUAAAAGUAGUUAUAACUAUUUUUGGUCUCCCACGUGCCAUUGAAAAUCGCUGUGCGUGCCAGGUUUGGCAUGCGUGCCGUAGUUUGCUAACCCCAUGCUUUAGAAGACUGUAUUGCAAAUCUAGUCAACAGUAAAAUAAUUAUUAUUAAUAGUGGAGACCCUGUCCUGGAAAAAAACCCAGCCCAGACAAAUGUUUAGUGACGUUGUGAGUGACGUAGUGAAUGACGUAGUGAUACCGUCUGCUGCUCAUUUCGAAAGGCGGAAAGGAGUUGAUUCUGUCAGUGUCAAAACCAGGGGCGAAGUUGACCGAAAAAGGGGGGGGGAUUAUUGUUCCCCCAUUGGGUGUUCUCAAAUCUACUGGACCUAUCUCACUGGCCAAAGCGUUUUUAAAUACUAGUAUUUACAUACAUAUUACACAGGCAUAGAUUAAUACCACCCAACCCCCCCCCCACACACACACAAUCUAAAAGGAAGAAGUCCCAUCCAUCAGUUGGUGUCAUUUAAGUCCCUGGUUAUGGAGAUGCAGUAAAUUCAAAAAAUAUAUUUAAGUUCAAGGCAGGUUGUUAGAAUUAAACUAUUCAUCCAUCGCAGAGCGCAUGCGCCAAGCGCCAUCAACAUUCAUGGACAGUUUUUUAAAAAAAAUUUCACAGUUGUCACAAAUCUCUUAUUUCAGGUGUAACCAGUUGAACUACCCCCCACCCAACACGUUCGUAGAAAGCGCCCUACACCAGAGAGGUCGCUGGGGUGCAGGACGAUGGAUAACAUCUACAAUUCAACUGGUUACCACCAGAAGGAAGCCUUCCCCACAAAGGAAGAGAUCCGGGAGUGCAACGCUGCUUUGAACAGGCCGCCCUACCCCAACUUUGAUUGGUGGUACCAAGACCCUGUAAUUCACGAGUGUCACCUCUGUGGUUAUUUUUUCCAUGGCGAUAAAAAAGUAGUCCUCAACUAUCCUAAUCCCCACCCAUCCCAUCCCCGCAGCGCUACGGCCCAUGUGGGGCUUUGGCCUGCCUCACCACUUCCUUCCGCUCAGACCUAACUGAUGCUUUGGCCUGCCUCACCACUUCCUUCCGCUCAGACCUAACCCGUGAUUUUCUUUUCCAUGCUUGGAUUUCCCAGCUGCUGUAGAUCUUUUUGGCACAUCAUCCAUCCAUCUAAGCCCAGGUCUGCCUUUGAGCCACACAAUCCCCCCUCCCCAACCCCCCAAAAAUUCUGGCCAUCCAUUAGAGCAGGGGUCGGCGAGCUCGGGGUAAAGUAACCCAAAUAAGUAAAAAAUGAACAUCGGGGGGGGGGGGAUAAUUCAUCAAUCAACACGUACAAUUCUAUUAAAAGCGCGUUUCUUUUUGACGGAUGGCUUUUCUUGUGGCAACAGCUUCUUGAACACAACUAUGUACACCAACUUGUACACACUUUGUACACAGAUAUCGAUGCUACUGCGUAUGCACCCAUAUGCUGUAAAAACUGCACACGAGGAAGCCUCCAAUCGUUGCUGUCCUUUCGCAACAACCCAUCGCUAAAGACAAGGACUUCCCACGUCUAGGAUAGACGAAUAGCGGCCCCUUUAGUUAGACUAAAUCCCAUUAGGAUGUCAUUUGUGGUCGUUUAUUUUAGUUAAACUGAAGAAGUAACUUUACAAACAUAAUAUAGUCCUUUCAAUUAUCUUUCAUUUGAUACCUCAUUUUGUCUUACACACCCAACAAUAAUAUUUUAAAUACUUUUUUAAUCCCUACCUCUCACUUCUGGUACCCGGGUACGAAUAGUCGCAGCCUAAAAAAAAAAAAACCAAAGCAGUGAAAUCAAACUCUCCCUAUAAAUAGAUUUUAUUUUAGUCGCCAUUUUGAUUUUAAAUUAUCCAUGAUUUUCUUACUUUCAAAUCCGGGGGGGGGGGGGGGGGGUUGGCUGUAACGUCGGCUUGAAUAAAACAUAUUCUGUGGCGUGAAGGCUAAAAAUGCAUCAGUGAAACAAGUAUUUUCGUUGCUUCCAUCCAAACAAGACAUUCAACCCUCCAUCAAUCUUCGUAGCGAUAUAGCUAUCCAGUGGCCUAGGAAGGCUGGGGGCGGAGGAGAAGGGGCGGCAUUUUGGGCCAUUUUUUAGCUUUUUUUUUAAAACUGGGUGGGGUUUGCAAAAAAAAAAACACCAUCCCUAAAACAACAGCAAACAAAGAACAAGGAAAAGCAAAAAAAAAAAAAAAAAAAAAAAAAAAAAAAAAAAAAACACCAAACAAAAAAAAAAAAAAAAAAAAAAAAAAAGAAAAAAAAAAAAAAAAAAAAAAAAAAAGCAACAAAAAAACAACAACGAUUACCUUCAUCUUCCAUUUGGAAUGGUGCGUCAAGCUACAAGACGGGCUCAUGAUGUGUUUUGUCAUUGUUUCUUCAGUGUUUAGAUGCUCCUCAGUUUACACAGAUUUAUCUACGAUUUUAUUAGAGCAAACUGUUUUCAACCAAAUAGUGGCAUGCAGUUUUUUUCCUCUGUGCUAUUUCCCCCCCCCCCCAAAAAAAAAAAUUACUGUAAACGUACUGAAAUUAACACUCGCUUUACGAUUUCCUUCUAUAAACUGUUUUCAACCAAAUAGGGGCAUGCAGUUUUUUUCCUCUGUGCUAUUUCCCCCCCCCCCCCAAAAAAAAAAAUUACUGUAAACGUACUGAAAUUAACACUCGCUUUACGAUUUCCUUCUAUCUCCCGCCCCCAUUCUCUCUCCUUCAUCCUCUCGCUCUCCCCCCCCCCCUCUCUCUCUCUCUCUCUUUCUCUCUCUCUCGUUCUCUCUCUCUAUCCUCCGAGGGUACCGAAAGUAACCUGCCGCUGUCUCCAUCUCGCAGACUUUACGUCGCCAGAAGAGGCCGAAGGUGAUCCGGAGAGAUGAGCUCCCCAUCCCGGUCCUCCCCAACCGCUACCCUUACCGCUACACGUCGGCACAGCCGUGCACCGUCGGCAGGACGGCAAAGGAACUGGAUAUUUAUAGAACGACAUGUAAGCACGAUCUUGUAUCUUUACCAAUAUCAGACAUUUCACAGUGUAGCAUUUCAUUGAAUGAGAGCAGUCACGUGAGCCCAUCAGCCGCUGAGGCUGCAGGAGAUAAAAACAAAUUAUUCUAAUUUGCAUAUUAUAUAGCAGGGGGCCUCAAAAAGUCACGGAACGGCUCUGCGUACAAUAUGGUGAAUUAGCAAAUAUUUCUCAUUAAGUGCUGACCCUCUAAGAUUACUAAAUACAAAGGGAUUUCCACAGAUCAAGUAAAUAAUCGACAGGUUUUUUGCUCCUUUGAAAUUUCAGCUAGUUUUAAUCUUUGUGUGAAAUUGUUUCCCUAAAUUUUAUCAUACCAAUAAAGCAGCGGUUCUCAACCUGUGUGUCAUGACAGCUUUGGGGGUUGGGGGAAUCGGACGCCCCUUACAGAGGGGUCGCCUAAGGCCAUCUGUCAACACAUAUUUAUGAAGUAGCCACAAAAAUAAUUUUAUGGUUUGGGGAUCACAACAACACGGGGAACUGUAUUUAAGUGUCGCGGGAUUAGAAAUGUUGAGAGCCACUGCCAUAGAUAGAUUUGUCAAGCUGGUCAAGGAUUUUCAAAAACUGGAAACUAAAUCUCCGACCUAAAAUAUUCUAUUAAAAAUUACAUAAAUGAUGAGGUUACUGGGAUAGGCGUCCAAGGAGCACAGUGUGAGAACAACUACUUUGACGUUGCUAUAGAGUAUAGAGUAUAGAGUAUAUAAUCUUAGGUUUUGUGUGAAAUCUUUCAGUCACGUUAACACCGAAGAUCAACUGUAGCGACAAGCUGGACUUAAGAAUGGUCAACGAGGUCAGAGGUUACGAAACUGUAAGUACGGCUAAAAAAAGGGGGGGGUGGUGAGGAAAUAUGGGGGGCGGGGAGGGGGGUUAAUGGUUGGAAAUUGGUUCAGACAGGGAUGAGGAAUAGGAAUCAAUAGUUGGAAAUGGAUUCUGGCAGUGGGGAGGAAUGGGGUUCAAUAGUUGGAAAUGGAUUCUGGCAGUGGGGAGGAAUGGGGUUCAAUAGUUGGAAAUGGAUUCUGGCAGUGGGGAGGAAUGGGGACAUGGGUUGGGAGGGGGUACAUAGAACCAAUUUACUGGUGUACAAUCGGUAAUUAAAAUGCGUGGGGGCUAUCAAUCAUAAUUUCAGAAGGCUUUCCCAGAGGUUCACCUGGACAUGGACUAAGAUACAGGUUAAAACCAGCACACUGUCUUAGAUACAAGCACGGCCGUUCUGACUGAUUGAUCUCUAAGAUAGCGUUCUUAUCACUUCUGCGCAUUACAUAUUGUGCUCUAGUUGUAGCAGCAUCACUCCCAAUGCACCCCCCCUCCAAACCACCAUGGUUUCUCUCCUCAGGCCAUCAUGUCUGCGUCAUCCAUGGCAAGUUGUGCACUAAUGCAUCACUCCCAAUGCACCUCUACCCCAACCACCAUGUUUCUCUUCUCAGGCCAUCAUGUCUGCGUCAUCCAUGGCAAGUUGUGCACUAGUAGCAUCACUCCCAAUGCACCUCUACCCCAACCACCAUGUUUCUCUUCUCAGGCCAUCAUGUCUGCGUCAUGGCAGGCUGUACCCUAGUAGCAUCUCUCUAAAUCCCCCCCCCCCUCUCCAUAUUUCUAUCCUCAGGCCAGCAUGUCUGCGUCAUUGCAACCCUUCAGGAAGGGACCGGAACAGUCCACACAUCCCUCCCAAUGCACCUCUCCCCCCACCCCCCUGUUUCCCUUCUCAGGCCAUCAUGUCUGCGUCCUGGCAGGCUGUACCCUAGUAGCAUCUCUCUAAAUCCCCCCCCCCCUCUCCAUAUUUCUAUCCUCAGGCCAGCAUGUCUGCGUCAUUGCAACCCUUCAGGAAGGGACCGGAACAGUCCACGUCCGGUCCGACUAUGAUUCCGUUCGGUCUGAGUGUAAGUAUCGAUCUAGCAACAUUUUUGAAGGUAAUAUUACUUAAGCAUAUUUGUUGUAAAGAAUCGAUUCUUUGCUUCGGUACCAAUAUAUUUGCUUGUUAAUUUUUUUAAACAAGACCACGCAAGAUUGGAAGACUCGAUUUAUGUUUACUUAUAUUUGGUGGUCUUGUUUCCGGUAAUGAUCCCUAUAUUGAUUGAAUAAAGUUAGUUUAUGUCUUUCUAUACCCAUUAAAUGUUUUGAUCUGCUGUUCAGAUUAAUCGUAUCUCUGGUAUCAGCAGGAAAUUAAUUACGACACAUGAAGUAGUCUGUAUAAUAACACAUGCAGUAGUCUGUUUCAUGACACACGCAGGAGCCCCUAUAACGACACACGAAGUAGCCUGUGUAACGACAUAUGUGUCCAUUUCAGGAGCCGCUCUUAGUGCCGUAUAAAUCUCACUCGAAAUUCGAUGAAUACGUUGUGGAGACCCUACACCCCGGCUGGAGGAAGGAUCCACUUUAUAGGCGGUAAGACUGCAUGAGGGAGGCCCAUACAAGGGGGGUGCAUUUUUCUGUACCCAUGGAGUGCACUUUUCUGUACCCAUGAGGUGCAUUUUUCUUUACUUAUGGGGUGCAUUCAACAGCUUGGAGGAUGGGAAAAACGGAGCUGCGAAAUUGGGGGGGGGGGUAGUGAACAUUUGCUCGUAUUUCUGGACUAUAAAAGAGAAUAUUGGCACAAAAUAAAAAUAAAAUAAUUUAUGGCAGAUGCCCCUAGAAAUCAUGUUGUUUAAAGCUUUCAUAAAAUUAUAGAGCUCAAGAAAAGUUCUAGCUUUUCAGCUUGAUCUUUGAACAGACACGCCCCCCUUUCCAAACAAAAUAAUCUCAGGGGCAGUUCAAGAAAAAACAAACAAACUUUGUCGACACUAUAUGUCUCCACACAGGGAACAGGGUUGACACUAUAUGUCUCCACACAGGGAACAGGGUUGACACUAUAUGUCUCCACACAGGGAACAGGGUUGACACUAUCUAUCCAGACAAGGAGGAACAUUGUUGACAACAUUUAUCCACAAUGGGAACAUUUUUGAAUAUAUAUGUAUCACAUUGGGAACAUUGUUAUAUAUAUAUAUAUAUAUCUCACAAAGGAGCAUUGUUGUCAAUAUGUGUAUCCACACAGGGAAAUUUGAUAAAAACACAUGCAUCACACAGGUUAGAUUGUUUACAAUAUAUGUAUCCACACAGGGAACAUUGAUAAAAAAUACAUGUAUCCACACAGGGAACAUUGAUAAAAAAUACAUGUAUCCACACAGGGAACAUUGAUAAAAAAAUACAUGUAUCCACACAGGGAACAUUGAAUAUCUAUCUUUAAAAAAAAUUAUCGUGACGUUUUCCAUCCAUCGCAAACUUGUUCAAAGCCUGGCAGUGAGUUUAGAGAAGCGUAUGCUAGCUGCUAUUCUUUCGUGUCUUCUCUCCUCACAGAUGUGUCAAGUUCAGCUUCCAAGAGAGCCUUGACGAGCCCGAGCCCACCAAUGUAUCAACGCGAUGAGCAGACACGCGAGACGGCGUGAAAAAUUACAACAACAAAAUAUUGGAGUAACAUCAAUAGAACAUACAAAUAAUGUCAACAAG